AUGUGGCUCGUGAUGGAGUUCUGUCCGCUGGGGACCAUGAACGACUUCCUGCUGAAAAACGGGCCCUCCUACAACAUGAGGUUUAUGCGGCAGAUCGCCAGUGCCGUCGCCUACCUACAUGACCGUGGCAUUGUGCACCGGGACCUGAAACCUGACAACGUCCUGGUCACUGGCACUAAAAAAGACCCAAUUGCAAAAGUGGCUGACUUUGGACUGGCCAAGGUGUGCGGAAGCGCAUUUCAGGACAUCUAUUCCCAGUACUACCUGCAUACAGAUAUGGCAUUCAUUUGGUACGGAGCCCCGGAGGUUUGGGACCAUCACUACACCGAGAAAUGUGACGUCUUCUCCAUGGGUGUCUUGUUUGCCGCCAUGCUUGACUGCAGUACAAUAGUCAGCGAUGAUGGUAACCACCUUAUAGCUGUCUGCAUCCAUGGGCUGCCAUUGGCCCAGGUACAGCGUCAGAACCCAAGAAUCAAGCUGGCAGAUCACAUCCUGAACGGACAACCAGACACUUUGAAACAACUCAUUCUGUCCAUGAUGUCAUAUGACUAUCAUGCCCGCCCAAUCGCAACUGAAGUGAACAUGACCCCACUUGUCCCCUCUACAAGAGGCACCCAGUCAUCUUCAAGGUUCCUACUUCGAAACAGUACCCAUCUCCAUGUCCCACGCUGCAGGACUCAGACUUACAAAACAAGCUUCGUCCCGUACACGUCAUCCCUGUGGAAUCAACUGCCCCAGGUCGUCAAGGACGCCCCUACUCUUGUCGCCUUCAAGUCAGAGUGCAAGAAACAUCUGCUGACGCAAAGGGAACACCAGACGUAUCGCAGUCUCGGCUCAAGGCAGAGCAACAUCUAUGCUGCCAGACUGCGCAUGGGAUGGAGCCAACUUAACUCUACUCUGCAUAAGAUGAGGAUUAAGGACAAGAAGUGUGAUUGUGGGGCUUCCUCUGAAACUGUCUCACAUUACCUCCUACACUGUCCCCUGUACUCUGAUCUCCGCCAUAACCUCACAUCCACCGUCCAACACCUCCUACAACAACAACCUACCGUGCCCCUCCUACUCCAGGGAUCCACAGCUCAUAACCUCUCCGCAAACAAACAAGUGUCCGAUGCACUGUAUCCUUACAUUGUAACAACUAAAAGAUUCCAGCUGCGCCACCCUCCUACGAACCACUAA